AAUGGUGAUACUUGGACACAUUGUAUCCUCACAAAACCUCUUAUCUCUUUCUUUCUGCUCUCUUCUCUCUUCUCUUCUGUUCCAUUCUCAUCUCAGUUCCAAAGUCAAUGGCAGCAACAUUAGAGUCAGCACUCUCCAUAUUUGCAUCUCACUCUCACCGUUUCUCCAACAACAACACUCGUCUCUCUCCAAACCUCUCUUCUCUCUCCUUCUCUUUCAAUGCCUCCACACCAAGAUCAUUCUCCUUCCUCUGCUCCACAUUGCAAGAAGCACAACCACACACACCUACAACUCAGGAACAACCCAAGAACGUGAAGAAGAAGCUCUAUGUCUUCAACUUACCUUGGUCUAUGUCCGUUGCUGACAUCAAAGACCUGUUUAGCCAAUGCGGAACUGUAACAGACGUCGAGAUCAUAAAGAACAAACAAGGCAAGAGCAGGGGUUUUGCCUUCGUUACUAUGGCUUCAGGGGAAGAGGCUCUGGCUGUCGUUCACAAGUUCAAUUCUCAUCAAAUAUCAGGAAGGGAAAUAAGGAUAGAGCUUGCCAAGAGAUUCAAGAAGCCGCCGCCUCCUCCUCCACCGUCUCCGAGUCCCCCUGCCGGCGAGACACGUCACGUGGUAUAUGUAGCCAACCUUGCAUGGAAAGUAAGAUCACCCGUUCUCAGACAAUUCUUCACUGAUAAUUUCAAAACCCCAGUUUCGUCCAGGGUUGUCUUUGAGAGCCCUGCCGGAAGAUCUGCAGGGUAUGGAUUUGUUUCUUUCCUCACAAAAGAGGAUGCAGAGGCUGCAAUUUCUGCUUUGGAUGGGAAGGAAUUAAUGGAGCGACCACUUCGUCUUAAGUUGAGUGAAAAGAAAGUCAAAGCAGCUCCAACUGAAAGGGAUGAAGACCAAGCUCCUGAAUUGGUGGAUCAAGAGAAGCUCAAAGAAGCUGAAACUGAAAAGGAGGAAAUCCAUGAUUCUGAUGCUCAGCUGGAACAAUCAUAAAUCCUAACCCUUUUUCUUAUAAUUGAUUCUUGGAGCCGGAUUACCUCAUUUAUACACAACUUUGAUGGAUAACUCCUUUUUCACUCA